AUGUUCAUAAUCCUCCUCGUCCUUGCUUCUUUAAUUCUUUACCUUGUUAAUUUUCUCCUCGGACGUUUUGAGUUUCCUUCUUCUUCAACCCCUGAAUUGGAGCAUGACGAAGCUCCUCAAGCAGUGCCUUCAUCUUCUUCAUCUUCAACCCCUGAAAUAUUGGAUUUUGAUGUCUUCCUCAGUUUUAGGGGCGAAGACACCCGCAAUAGUUUUACGGACCAUUUAUAUCACGGUUUGAAGCUGAAAGGAAUCAAUACAUUCAGGGAUGAAGAGAAGCUUGAGAGGGGAAAACCCAUCGCACCAAAUCUCCUGAAAGCAAUUGAACACUCCAAGUUUGCAGUCGUCGUUCUUUCAAAAGACUACGCUUCUUCAACUUGGUGUUUGGAUGAACUUGCCCAUAUUGUUAAAUGCAUGAAAGAGGGGAGACUAGAAGUGUUUCCGGUCUUCUACCACAUCGAGGCAUCCGAGGUAAGAAAGCAAACAGGAAAUUUUGGAAAGGCCUUUGCUAAGCAUGAAGAAAAUUUUAAGAAGGAAAAAGGAAAGGUGAAAAAGUGGAGGAGAGCGCUGAGGAAAGUAUCCGAAGAUGCCGGAUGGGAUUUGAAAAAUAGGAAAGAAUCAGAAGUUAUUCAGGAAAUAGCUAACAAGAUUUCAAAUAUAUUGAACGACAAACUCUCAAGUUCUAACAACGAUUUAAUUGGAAUGGAUUCUCGUAUUAAGAAAAUGGAGGAGUACUUGGCUCUUUGUAGGUCGGAUGAUGUUCGCACCAUAGGGAUUUGGGGGUUCGGGGGCAUUGGUAAGACAACUCUCGCAAACGAAGUUUUUAAGAAGAUCAAGGACCAAUUUGAUGCUAGCCGCUUCGUUUCCUUUGUUAGAGAGGAAUCUACAAAAGUAAAUGGUCUAGUUUGCUUGCAGAAAUCUCUCUGUGCAACCUUGCUGCACUGCGAUGAAGAUAUACAAAAUGAUGAUUUGGGGAUCCAAUUGUUACGUACCAGACUAAGGAAUAAAAGGGUGCUUAUUGUUCUAGAUGAUGUUAAUAAACUAGAUCAGAUAAAGGCUUUAGCGGAUGAGUCUUGGUUGGGUCCAGGGAGUCGAGUCAUUAUAACAACUAGGGAGAAGCAUGAGUUGGACAAGUGUGGACUACUUGCAGAUGGUAUAUACGAGGUUGACAAGCUGAAGGUUGGUGAAGAUUCUCAGCUCUUCUGUCGAAAAGCCUUCGAGAAAGAGGAAAAUGAUGAUUAUAAAGAGCUGUCCAAAAAAUUUGUAGAAUAUGCUGGUGGCAUUCCUUUAGCUCUUGUAGUUCUAGGUUCAUACUUGAGGGGAAAAAACAUAACAGAAUGGUCAGAAGCAUUUGAUAGACUUGAUGAAGAUCCUCAAAAAGAUAUUAUGAAUGUGCUUAAAAUAAGUUUUGACGCAUUAAAUGGCACAGUGAAGCAAAUCUUUCUGGACAUUGCAUGCUUCUUCAAAGGAGAGGAUCAAGUCCGUGUAAAACGGAUAUUAAAAAGUUGUUGUUUUUAUCCAGAAAGUGGUAUGCAUGACCUUGUUGAUAAGGCCCUAAUUAAAAUUAAUGAAAGAAAUGAACUGUGGAUGCAUGAUUUACUUCAGAAAAUGGGUCAAGACAUUGUUCACAAAAAAUUUCCUAAUGAGCCUGGAAAGCGCAGCAGACUGUGGAUUAAUGAGAAUGCCUACAAAAGCAGCAACAAAUGCAGCAGGUCAUGGUAUGAAAAAGUACUCGUGGAGAAUACGGGAACAACUGCUGUCGAAGGCAUAUUCCUAAGCUUGCCGGCAAAGGAAGAGAUACAGUUGGAUGCUGACCCAUUCGCUAAAAUGUGCAACCUAAGAUUGUUGAAGAUUUGUAAUGUCAACUUUUCUAGAUGCCCUGAGUAUUUCUCUAAAGAGUUACGGCUUCUGGAAUGGCAUGAAUAUCCUUUAGCAUCUCUGCCAUCAAGUUUUAAACCAUGUCAGCUUGUUGAACUCAAGAUGCCUAACAGUCGCAUUACCCAACUAUGGCAUGAAAGUUGUACCAUGAUGGAAAACUUAGUACAAAUGGAUCUUUCAAACUGCAAAUUCUUGAUCAAGACCCCAGACUUCAGAAAGGUCCCAAAUCUUGAGAGGUUGAUUCUUGAAGGUUGUGAAAGUCUAGAGAGCCUUCCCUACUCCAUCAGCUUGAAAUCUCUUAAAACCUUUGAUCUUUCUGGUUGUUCAAAACUCAAAGAGUUUCCAGAGACUCUGGGAAACAUGGAAGCUUUGUCAGAACUUUAUUUAGAUGGGACGGCUAUAAGGACGCUGCCAGCAUCAAUCCGGAAAUUGAGGGGGCUUAGUUUGUUAGGUUUAAGUGAUUGCAAGAACCUUAUGAGUUUUCCGAUGGCCAUUUGUAGUUUGACAUCUUUGAAAUAUAUAUAUAUAUGUAUAACUGCCCACAUAUACUAGUGCCGAAAAACCUAGGGAUACGGUGGCAAGAGCUUGAUGCCUGGAAUACUGCUAGAAAAGAAGUGCCUGGACCCGUUUUAA